GAAAUGAGAUCAUACAUUUAUGAUAGCCAACAAUAAAGGUCCUUGAAAUGUGUUCCGUAAAUUUUUGCCAAAAUAUGCAAACAAAUGCAAGGAAAUAAACCACACUACUGUUUUCUUUCACCAAGAAAAAUCAGUUAAUGAUCUAUAGUGGGUGAUAAUAUGUAACAUAUACCUCCCAUUAUCUCAAUGCUCAAACCGAGGAAGGACGAAAAGAUGCCUCAUUAUGAGACUCCCACUUGCAUGAGACAUGAAUGAGUUACAGUAACCCUCGGGCAAAUCUCUUCCUAUAUAAACCUCAUUGCCCUUCAAUCUUCAAACCACAGCAAAACAGAAAACAAUUCCUAUCUUUUCCUCUUGGCUUAUAACUAUCAGUGUAAAAUGCCGACCACCAUGGAAGAUGUCACAGCAAAGACUGGGGCAAUUGAAAUUGACCCCAAGAGUGGUCUUGCUUUAAAACCAACAAUGGAGAAGGGGAAGGUGAGCGAAGGUGAAGCAAAGAUUACAGAAACAGCAGAAGAGAAGCCAAAUUGUACGAAUGAGGCCAAAACUGAAGAGGAAAAGAAGGAGAAGAGUGGUCAGGAGAAAGAAGCAACUGUAAAGGAGGAGGAAGUUCCAGUUGAGGUUGAACCUAAAACUGGAGUCUCUUUUCCUGUCAAACUUGAAGAUGGGAUGCAGUUGAAAGCUGUAGGUUUAAGGAAGAAGAGCAUGCUUGGCAUGGGCCUUAAAAUUUAUGGCUUUGGAAUAUAUGCAGACAAUGAGAAAUUAAAGGACCUUAUGCAGUCCAAGAUUGGGAAAGCACCAUCAAAACCAACAAAGGAAAUGUACCAAAUGGUGAUUGAUAGUGAUUUUGGGAUGAUUGUGCGGUUGGUAAUUGUUUUCUCUAACCUAACCAUAAACAUGGUAAGAAAGAACUUUGACGAAGGCCUAGGAGCUGCCAUAAAGAAACUCACUGGUGGGAAGAACGAAGAGCUCACAAAGAAGAUCAUGGGUGAAGCAUCUGAUGACAUAAAGCUGACUUCUGGUUCUGUAAUUGAGAUUUCAAGGCUUCCGGGAUAUGUUCUUCAGACCAAAGUAAAGGGUGAAAUUGUGAGCAAGGUGGAAAGUGAACUACUCUGCCGGGCCUUCAUCUACAUGUAUUUAGGUGACGAUCCCUUUGACAAAGAAGCCAAGGAGAAGUUCGGGGCAUCCAUGGUCUCUAUGUUCUAAGUUGUGGUUUUCCAGCAAUUUCUAGGUUGUUAAAGAAUAAGGUGGUCUAUUUGAACUGAUGAAUAAUUGCUCAAUAAAGGAAUGAUUAAAACACGGUUGAUUUUCAUAAGUAUUUUGUAAGUUCUAAUACGCAAGCUUCAACACCCCCCCCCCCCCUCCAAACAAAACCCAUGUUACGUCUCUCAACUCGUACGCUAUGUAAGCGUGCACUGUGUAUUUACAUUUAGAUGUUAUAUUCUGUUGUUCAAAUUAUUCAUCCAUCGAACUUUUGCAACGCCAAGAAGAAAUUUCUUGGCUCAGGAAAGUUUAUGCUAUGAAAAACUGAAAACAUACAAGAUAUCUCACAGUCUGAAAAAAGAAACAGAGAAAGCUCAGUGAACCACCUGCAGCUAAAAAUAUGUGCUUAUAGAAUAGAUCCAGUAAUGUUAGAUUUAACCCUCCAGAAACUGACAAACCAAACAUGAAUAGGAGUUUGUGGAACAGUAAAACAGCGCGCGUAGUAUACAAAAAUAGACUCGUAGAAAUAGCACCUCAAUCACACCAUGGAUGAGAUCAGGCAAGGCCAUAAA